AUGGCUGAAAUUAAUUUAUUGUUGUUUGUUUCUGCUGCAUUUCGUUCAAAUAUUUCAGAUAUUUUGCAACUUUUGUAUUUGUAUUCAUCUUAUUCUCUUACUUUUGCAGUCGAUGAGCUCAUCGAAUGCAUCCUCGAAGAGCUGGAAAUUGGAAGCGGUUCAGAAUCUGAGGAAAAUAUUGGUAAACUUAGUUUUCCUGAAUUUAUCCCUGGAAAGAGAAAUCCUAAGCUCGAGAUAGGUUUAUUGUUUGGGUCUUUUGAGGAAUUGAAAUCUGCAGUUAGAAAUCAUGUAGUCUUCAAUAGGGUUGAAUCGAUUUUCAAGCGAAAUGAUAAGGAAAGAUUCCACUGUGUUUGUAAGGAAGGUUGUCCGUGGAAGUUGUGGGCGUCUAAGCUACAGGGUCAAGACACCGUCUAA